AAAUACAUGAAAUUGAUGAAAAGCGCGCGCAGAAACUACUACCUGACCCAAGAUUUGAUGGAACUCGUACUAGAUUUCUGUUGUCAGUUGUAUCAUUGAGAUUUUGCGUAAGUUUCCUACAACCGAAGAUAUAGAAAACACUCUCCGGAUUAAGAAGUGUUAAAUCGUGAAUUAAACAUUGUCUUACUGAUAAGACCUACAUACUCCUAGCAAUAUGGCUAACUCUCAAUAUUCCGAUCUAUAUAAAAAUCGCAAUUCCACUGAAUUAAUGGAACGUAAACAAUCCGAUCGUCGCCAGCAGUUGUUAACUGAACAAAAGGAACACCGCAGCAACGACCAAGACGAUACUCGAAAUAUUAAACAGUUUUUGCAGUCACUGCAACAUAAAGUCAACAAAAAACCGAAGAAGCAACGCUUAUUCAAAAACUACGUUCAGCUGUCCGAAUGGUUGCACGAGAAACCGGAUGACUUGGACCAAUGGUUUAUGGUACCAUGUCCCAAGGGAAUGCGAUGUGUUGCUGUCGCCACGAAUGGAGCGACGAAAAUUUACAGCAAAUACGGUGUAUACAUCACCGAAUUUCGAUCCGGUCUGCCCGGAGAUAUUAAACUGAAACAUGCCACAACCAUACUGGAUUGCUUUUCGGUUACAUCGGACGGGAUCACAAAGUACAUGGUGUUGGAUGUUAUGUUUUAUGCAAACACCGAAAUGUUAAAUUGUGAAUCGUCGUUUCGAUUCUUCUGGAUCGCAUGCAAAUUAUCCGAACUGCAAUUGGACGAAAUCGGUUUCCACAACGAGUUUGCAUUCAUGCCAAUAAAAUUUGUGGACUGUGGCGAUGAGGUGGCCGUCGACAGCUGUCUGACAACGUAUCCAAUGUGGGACGAUGAAAACAUCCAUUUGGAUGGCCUGUUAUUCUUUCACAAAGAAUCGUCGUACGUACAUGGUACGACACCGCUGGUUGGAUGGCUAUUUUCGUUUAUGGUAAACGAAAUUCUCGGAUUCUGCAUGAUCCAUCCGAAAUAUUUGGAGCAACGACCUGCCAAUUACCAAAACGCUGCCGAGUACAUCAGGGACUUCGACAAACAACUGAAAGCAUCGAAGGCGAGAAAUCGCAACAAACGCGGCGACAAAGUCCAGAAAAUGGAGGAGGAGGAUAUGGACGACGAAAAUGCUACGUUGAAUUCGAUUCUGAAUGCUGAGCGAAUGUUGGAGCUUGAGGGCAGAACCGUCGAUGACGUUCAUGAAACGAUGGAACGAGACUGAUUGUGUAAUUAAGAUGAUCGAGAUGUUGUGAAUGUUGAUCGAUUGGUGUUGCUUCAUUAAAAUUCAGAAUUUUUAAAAUUUUAA